UGAGAUCGUCAUGGACAAGAGGAAUCAUCCUCUCUUAAUUCAUUGCAAUCAUGGCAAGCAUCGUGCCGGCAUUGUCGUCGCUUGUACGCACAUCUCACACCGCUGGCAUAGGAGCCGUGCGUUGGCUGACCAUGCGCGUUUCUCACAUCCAAAGGAGAGGAAGGCGGAUAUCUCCUUCAUCAACGAGUUCAUUGCAGCAGCCCCAACUUGAGGCACUCUU